GUGGUCUUUGUAAACACACUACGCAGAUACACUUCCUAGUUGAGGGACAGCGGUGUGAAGAGGAAAACGCCGCCAUAUAUCGCCCUCGUUUGGCGAUUUGGGAAUUGUUGUUUUACUUGCCAGACGAUGGACUCUAAAACACUCCUGGUGGCUGCGAUAGACUUCGGGACGACCUUCUCUGGUUACGCCUUCUCUACCACAGCUGAUUAUAAGGACAAUCCUUUGAGGAUCCACUCAAACCAGGCAUGGGUGGCUGGUGGUGCAUCCCUAUUGUCCCUCAAAACCCCAACAUGUCUUCUUCUAGACAAGCAUGAAAAUCUGGUGUCAUUCGGAUACGAGGCUGAAAAUACUUACUCCGACAUCACCCUAGAAGGCAAAGAAGCUGACUUUUAUUACUUCCAGCGAUUCAAGAUGAAACUUUAUGAAAACUCUGAGUUGUCAAAGACUACCGUUGUUGAAGACGUCACCGGGAAAACCUUGAAUGCGUUGGACGUGUUUGCCAAGUCUAUCAGUGCCCUGAAGACCCACCUGAUGGGGACUCUGAAAAACAUGGGUACCAGUAUCACUCCAAUCGAGAUCAAGUGGGUGCUUACCGUGCCUGCCAUCUGGUCCGACACUGCAAAACAGUUCAUGCGCUCAGCGGCGGUACAGGCCGGAAUUCCCGGAAAGCAGUUGAAAAUUGCGUUAGAACCAGAAGCAGCCUCCCUGUACUGUCAACACCUUCCACUCGACAAGUUGACCGGAUCUGAGCCUGGCUUCUCCGUCACCAAGACGGGCACCAAGUAUAUGGUGAUCGAUCUUGGAGGAGGAACUGCUGACAUCACUGUACACGAGAAGCUGGAUGGAGGUAAACUGAAGGAGCUCUACAAAGCCAGUGGGGGAUCAUGUGGUGGUACCGCAGUCGACAGCAAAUUUGUCCACUCAGCGUUCAUCCAGGUGGUAGGAACACCUGUAAUGACUGAGCUAGCGGAACGAUUCCCAGGUAGUUACCUGGACCUGUACAGGGAAUUUGAGACCGUCAAGAGAACCGUUACUCCGGAAAAAGAGGGAAAGGUCAACAUGACAAUCCCAAUUGUAGGCAUCAAUACUAUAAUGGCGGAGGAAGGGGAGACUUUCAAGGAUGCACUUGCGGACAGUACGGUGGCAGGGAAGAUAUCACUUCUGGGUGACAAACUCAGGAUCGACGCGGAAAUGGUGAAAGAAGUGUUCUUCGGCGAGGUCAUCAAAGAUAUAGUCAAGCAUCUGAAAGACAUCCUCGGAAGACCGGAAACUAAUGGAGUUUCCAUAUUACUGCUUGUUGGUGGAUUCUCGGAUUCACCAAUGGUACAAGCGGCCAUCAGGAAGGCGUUUCCAGACAAGCGAGUCAUCAUUCCAAGUGAAGCUGGCUUGUCUGUGUUGAAAGGUGCGGUGAUUUACGGGCACAAACCGGACACAAUCGAUUCGAGAAUUGUAAGAUACACCUAUGGGGUACGCAUUGUGCCAGAUUUCAAUACAAUGAAACACAGGAAUGACAAGAAAUGUCAGAUUUCUGGUAAAGACAGAUGUCUUGAUGUAUUUUCCAGCUUUAUGCAAGCAGGAACAUCCGUCCCCGUUCAUCACCAAAAACUCUGCUCCUACUCAACAACAACUCCGUGCCAAGAGAGCAUGAUGCUGAAAAUAUACCAGUCAACAGAAGAAUCACCGGAAUACACAGAUGACGACUGUUGUAAGCUGCUUGGUGAAAUGGAAAUUAAAGUGCCUAAUCCAUCAAAUGAAGAUAGAGAUUUGCUUGUGGUUUAUGACUUUGGCGAUACAGAGCUUACAGUUACCGCCGUGGAGACGGAGUCAAAGACACCAUGCGUAGCUGAUUUCAAACUUCUGUGACUCUGGUUAGACAAUCAAUCUCCCAUUAAAGCAUAGAAACGUCUGCGGUACGUUAUCCAAUGUUAGUGCUGAGUUUAUACAUUGAGUAGUAUUGAUACGUUUUCUUUAACUUGUAGUGUUAGGUACACUUUUAUCAUAGAAACUGUAAUCAUUUUGCUAAAAAUGGUCGAAAUUUUAAGAUGUUAAGCCGUUACAUAUGAACUUGUGUAAAUCUCUCUUACUGCUUCAGACUUGCUAUUGAAGUUCAUCGCCAGACAGAUAUAGCACACCAGUAUGAACUAUUUCAAUCUAAAUCAUCCAGAAAGCUGAAAUGAAUUGUUUACAUGUUUGUUGUAUUGAAUGUUAAUUUAGGAUUGAAAUGAACCUAAUUAUUGAAUACGUCAGAGACAUACGUAAAUGUCUCAAUUUUAUUUAAUCAUAGAAUAAGCAUAGAAAGCACCCCGUACAUCGACAUCUUGUACCAACCAUCAUAUAUAUAAAAUGAAAAUACCCAUUUGUAGUUUUGCGUCGUUUUGCUUACAUCUUACAAAAUUAAACACGAUAAAAAAUCUAUCAAAACUAUGUAUAUAACAUGUACGCACGUGAAUAUGUUACCUAGGAUACCCAUUGUUAUUAGUUUAACCGACACGUCCUUGACUCCGAGACCUUUCUGUCUCAAAAUGUAGCAGGUUCAAUGAUAUAAUCUAACCUGUCUAUAAAGACCACACAAUGGAACCCAUAAGAAUGGCCUUUAUACAGAGAUUCAUAAUUGUUUAUAAUGUAUCGAAAGGUGACCGUAUAGCGAUGGGUAUGGGAAAGAACAUCUUCGCUAGCCAAGGCUUCUGAUUACGUUUCACUCCACGAAACGUAAUCAGAAGCCUUGGCUAGCAAAGAUGGGGAAAGAAGGGAGAAUCUAGAGUGAAACAAGGGAAGUAACUCUGAUAGAUCAGAAUGCGGACUUAUGGCGGUCUCAGAUAUUGCCGUACUAUGGUGUACAUAGCGGAGGUAAAUUGAGAUUCUCUCUGGUGUUGUUUUGACAAUGCGAUGAAGUUGAAUUUUGUAUAAAAUGUAAAUGAACAUGUAAAUUAAAUUCUGAUGUUGGAUUUUGCGAUUCUCCUUUA